CUUUGGCUGCUUAGCUUACCAAACUCGAGCUCUCCUUGGUCUCAUCACUCUGUAGUCUAUAUAUACACGUGAAUUUCGUUGCCGCUGAUCACCCUGUCAUUUCCGUCUCUCCAUCCUCCUCCUCCUCUGCGUAGUGACUAGUGAGCAACAGGGUUCCAUACAGCUUUGUUGAUUGCAUCAAUAAUCUGUGUAGAUCAUACCUAUGGCCCCGGCAGCUGCAGUGGCGGAUUCAAUAAAGCCUCGAGAUGUUUGUAUUGUCGGUGUUGCACGUACUCCAAUGGGUGGCUUUCUUGGUUCCCUUUCUUCUUUAUCAGCCACCAAGCUUGGAUCUAUAGCUAUUGAGUGUGCUCUUAAAAGAGCAAAUGUUGAUCCAUCCCUUGUACAAGAGGUUUUCUUUGGAAAUGUUUUAAGUGCAAAUUUAGGACAGGCUCCUGCUAGACAGGCUGCAUUAGGAGCUGGAAUACCUAAUUCAGUAGUGUGUACAACUAUUAACAAAGUCUGUGCAUCUGGGAUGAAAGCUACAAUGCUUGCAGCACAAAGCAUCCAGCUGGGUAUCAAUGACAUUGUUGUGGCUGGUGGCAUGGAAAGCAUGUCUAAUGCACCUAAAUAUCUUGCAGAAGCAAGGAAGGGAUCUCGAUUGGGUCAUGAUACUUUAGUUGAUGGCAUGCUUAAAGAUGGCCUAUGGGAUGUUUAUAAUGAUUUCGGAAUGGGAGUAUGUGCUGAAUUAUGUGCAGAUCAACAUGCAAUAACAAGAGAAGAACAGGAUUCUUAUGCUAUUCAGAGCUUUGAACGUGGUAUCUCUGCUCAAAAUAGUGGUGCAUUUGCAUGGGAGAUAGCUCCGGUUGAAGUUUCUGGAGGAAGAGGAAAACCAUCCACAGUUAUUGAUAAGGAUGACGGUUUAGGAAAGUUUGAUCCUGUUAAACUAAGAAAGCUUCGACCAAGUUUCAAAGAGGUUGGAGGUUCUGUUACAGCUGGAAAUGCAUCUAGCAUAAGUGAUGGAGCUGCUGCAUUGGUGCUAGUGAGCGGAGAGAAGGCAAUUAAACUUGGACUGCAAGUAAUAGCAAAGAUAACAGGAUAUGCUGAUGCAGCCCAGGCACCUGAAUUAUUUACAACUGCUCCUGCUCUUUCAAUUCCUAAAGCCAUUUCAAGUGCUGGAUUGGAGGCUUCUCAAAUUGAUUACUAUGAAAUAAAUGAAGCAUUUGCGGUUGUGGCCCUUGCAAAUCAGAAGCUGCUUGGCCUUAAUCCAGAAAAAGUUAAUGUGCAUGGUGGAGCUGUAUCUUUGGGACAUCCCCUAGGUUGCAGUGGAGCUCGUAUCUUGGUCACACUUUUAGGGGUACUGAAGCAGAAGAAUGGGAAAUAUGGAGUUGGUGGUGUUUGCAAUGGAGGAGGAGGAGCAUCUGCCCUUGUUGUGGAGCUUAUUUAAGACAGCCAUUUUCCAAAAGUGGGGCGUUUCUCGUUAUGAAGCUUAACUUCUUAGUUGUUGUAAUGGUUAGAUAUGCAAUUUUUUAUCUCUGUCAUCCUUUUAUAUUUUUCUUCUCUACUAAGUGUGUAAGGCCCGUUGAGAAAAUAUAAUCUCCGAUGUUGUUCGCUUGUAUCAUCUAGUAGUGUUUUACAUUUUUCUGUUUUAUAUGCUCAACUGCAUUUUAUGCAUGAUUAUGGAGCUGAAACCCUCUCAUGUAGACUCAUGCAAAAAUGCAAAUCUGAUGACUGGUUUGACGUGAGUCACCGCACCGUCAGGGGAUA